AAUCAAAUCUCUCAAAUCAUGUAACCUAUUCUUUUGGUCUUGGCUAAAACCCCAAAUAAAGAUAAUCAAUUAGGACGAAAGCAUCGCCCUACCCACACACCCAACUGGAAAAUUCCCCGCAAUUCACAUCACCCCUUAUGUUUAUGGGAAGAUCAAUUCAAUCUGCACAAAACAUCCAGCAAUUUGUUCGAUUCAUCUCUUCCCCUCAAAUCGGGCCACGCCGCGCCGCCAAAUUGAAACCCAAAUCCAGUGCUCGACCCGCCUCCUCCCCCGACCCGACCGAGCCCAUACCCGACCCGCACAAGCUAAGGGUGCGCACCCGCCUCAUGGAAGCGGCCGAGAACUCCGAGGGGCAGCGGAGGACGCCGCUGGCGGAUGUGGUGUCGGAUUGCGCCAGGCGGUGGUUUCAAGACGCGCUCAAGGAGGCCAAAACUGGUGAUACCGCCAUGCAGGUGCUUGUGGGCCAGAUGUAUACCAGCGGAUAUGGGGUUGCGAAAGAUGCCCAGAAGGGAAGAGCAUGGAUUAACAGGGCAGCAAGAAGUCGGUCUUCAGUAUGGAAAGUAGGCGAUAAGCGUCCAGAUUUGUCGUAUUUUUGUUCUCGGCAAGGCUAUAAUGCUAGUGAUUCAGAUUCGGACGAAGCAGAAGAAGUCUCAAAUAGUUAAAUGAGUGUACAUCGACGAUAAUUGUACUUCUAUGCUGCCUGGAAUCUCUGGCUGCCAUGCUUCUGUAACUGCGAUGAUCUGCUUCGUUCUGACCUCACUCAUUUUACUUCAAAUUAAGCUAUUAUUUGGAUCUUAUUAUCUUCAAGUGCUCAAUUUCCAAAUUGUGUUUCCUUCUUCUAUGGUCAUCUGUAUACAUCUUAACACAGCUCUUCAUUGUUGUUGGAUCACUCUAUCCCUUUUUCUGCUGAGUUUGGCUGAUAUGCCGAAUAUCUAUGGGUUCUAGUUAAUAUGGGAAACCAUUUAUUCAGUUUA